ACGCUCCGCACUGCUGGUCGUGUCUGUUUGUUGUUGCUGUCGUCGCUGUUGUUGUCGUCGGCGUCGCCGUUGUCGUGGUUGUGUCGCUGCUGCUGCUUGCCCACUGAGCAUACGAAAAGCUACAUAUAUACGUAUGUAUGAGCAAGUAAGCGACAGCGCGAAGCGUAUAACGUAAAACCGCCCGCGUGGAGAAAAUCAUUGAAUAUGACACGGAAUCAAUGUCCAAGUGCGGAGAUAUUUAGCAGUGCAUUUAAAACUACAUAAGUGACGUCACCAAGGCUGUCUCGCCUCGUGUCGUCUGGCCUUGUCCAGUUGUAACAUCGGCAACACCAACAACAACACAAGAAAUCUUUCGAAACACGCUGUCGUCUCUGCCGUCGCGUCGUUGCGACGCAACAAUGCCUUAACGUCACGUCGCCGCCGCCGCCGCUUACGUUUUCUCUGUUCACACUCGCUCUCUGUCAUCUCGCUCUCUUCGCGUAGUACUCUCUUUCGCUGUAGGUUUGCCGGCGACUCCAUUUACUACUACGACGAAAAGACACUCAGACCAGGCACGGCACUCAGCACUCACUUUGCGUUUACGUCGUGGCCCAUGAAGUUCGCUUAGCUCGCCGCACAAAAUGUGAAAACUGAUGAAAAGAAAUAUUAUAAAAACUGCACACAUUCAGACAUUAUUUAGCCACUAAACAACAACAAUAAUUAAGCCAGAGAGACAGCACGAGUAUCAACAACAAUUAUGUGAUAUCUACAACAGAAAUUUAUAUUUUUUUUUGCUAAACUGCUGACGUCACACGUCGAAAAUCGAGAAGAAAAUAAACUUGCGCAAAGAGGAAAGAAGGAAAACGUAGCGGAAAAAAUGUACAUGAAAAACGGCAAAAAUAUGAAACGUGUGUGAUAUUAAAUGAGCGCGACGGCGGCAGCAGCAACAACAACUACACAGCCGCAGCAGCAGCAACGACGUUGGCAGCAGCGACGACGACGACGGAGGCGACGGCAGCGGCGUCGAAGCAUUUGCUUUGCUUUUGCUGGUUUGUUCGUCGUGAUUUAAAGCGAAGAAAUUCCAAUUUAGAUGUGAAGAAUCCCUAGGUGCUAAUUUAGUUGAUAAGCGCAAACAAAAAGUACAAUAAAAACAAACACACACACAGAGCAGCAGGCAAAUUUCCAACUAGGUGGCAACGUUUUUAGCGAGCGCGCUUAAAAGUAUGCUACACAAAAAUUCAGGCGAUUGCCGCGCUGCUGCCAGGCCCACGUAGCAAAAACCAAAAGACACAAGCGACAAAACGAGAGACGUAAGACGUGCGAGAGCGGAGAGAGAUACACAGAGAGAGAGAGAGAGAGAGCUAUCAAAAACUAUUUUUGUACAACUGCAGGCAGCGCUGACUGCGAAAUGUCGAAAUAUUUAAUAACCACCGCCGCGCCCAACAGCCACAGUCACAGCAAUAACAACAACCACAAUAACACCCCACGACAACAGCAUCAGCUUUAUGGAGGUGGCAGCAGCUCACAGGUGGUACGAAAGCUCAACUAUGAGCUGCUGGGCAACAAUAACAACAACAAUAAUAAUAACAAUAUUGUGAUAAAAAAUGAAAAGCUGUUGGACAUUGAUUACGAACAUGGUGGCAACGAUAGCAACAGUGGCGUUGGCAGCGGCGUCGCUGCACACCUGAGAGAUCAUGUAUACAUAAGUCUGAAUAAGGGUGGUGGCACAACAACAACAACAGUGAUUGCAGAAGCGACAAGCACACAUCAUCAACAGCAUCCACAGCAACAACAGCGCAAUGGAUCGGCGGGCAAAACUAACGAUAUCACACAAUACUACAAGGUCAAGCGCCGAGCGCAUGCAACCACCCACGAAAUCCACCCGAAGAAACAGGCGAAGCAGAACGUUCUUCAUCAAACGGUCACCUACAACAGCAAACACACGCCGCAGCAACAACAACAGCAGCAACAACAACAACUGCGCUACCAUCAUCAGCAGCAGCAGCAGCAACAACAACAGCAAUACGUCGUCGAGCACGACGAAGACGACGAUGUGGAGACGAGCAAACCGGCCGGCAACGGUUCUUCUCAUUCGCAUUCGCAUUCGUUUUCACAGUUUGCGCGGACAGCGUCGCAGCAGCAGACGUCGACGCAACAACAGACAGCGUUAGUCACAUCGUCUUUGGCGUCAUCUGGAAGCGGAGGUGGCGGUGGCGGUGGGGGUGGGGGUGAUCGGAAUCGGGCAGACACCUCGCUGGGCAUAUUGACCAAAAAGUUUGUGGAUCUGCUGCAAGAGUCACCGGAUGGUGUUGUCGAUCUGAACGAUGCCUCCAACCGAUUGGCGGUGCAGAAGCGUCGCAUCUACGACAUUACGAAUGUCCUGGAGGGCAUUGGCAUCUUGGAGAAGAAGUCCAAGAACAACAUUCAAUGGCGGGGCGGUCAAUCGUUGGUCAGCAGCGAGCGAUCCCGACAAAUCGAAGCCGAGAGCGAACGCCUCGAGCAGCGGGAGAAUGAGGUGAAUACGCUGCUCGAUCAGAUGCGUGGCGAGCUGGCCGAAAUAUCGCAGGAGGUGGAGAACAGCGGUGGCAUGGCCUAUGUAACGCAGAAUGAUCUGCUGAAUGUGGAUCUGUUCAAAGAUCAAAUUGUGAUAGUGAUCAAGGCGCCGCCAGAGGCCAAACUUGUGCUGCCCAGCACGAAGGUGCCGCGUGAGAUCUACGUCAAGGCGGAGAACAGCGGAGAAAUCAAUGUGUUUCUAUGCCACGAUAACUCACCGGAGAAUUCGCCAAUCGCGCCCGGGUCUGGGUAUGCGGCGAGUGCGCAAUCUUUGGGCAGCUGCGGCCUGCGCACGGCGACUUCGACGCGUCUGCAGCACCUGACCAAUCAACGCCUCAACGAUCCGCUAUUUAAUAACAUUGAUGCCAUGAGCACUAAGGGUCUAGGCCAUACACCAUAUCGCUUAUCAGCCCAACGCAACCUCAGCAAGUCGAUUGAGGAGGCGGCCAAGCAAUCCCAGCCUGAAUAUAAUAACAUUUGUGAUAUUGGCGGCGUCAAGUAUGAACUGACAUCGCCAGAGCAGCAGCUGCAGCGGUCGACGCAUGCGGAUGAUGAUGCGGAUGCGGAUGAUGAUGAUGAUGAUGACGAUGACGUCGAUGAUGAGCUGAGUCAACUGGUGCCAACGCUGACCAGUCCCGUUGUGCGCAGUCAUCAGCAGCAGAGCGCUAUUCAGCAGCUUUUUAGCAGUCUAACACAAUCCUCGCCCACGCCAACGACGCGGCGACGUGCAGCGAAUUGCGCUGUUAACGCCGCGGGCAACACAACUACGCUUAAUAGUCAUAACAGCAGCAGCAACAGCAGCAACAACAAUUCCCAACCCCCCAGCAGCAACAAUAACUACAACAACAACCAGCAGCAGCAACAACGACGCAGCGAUGUUCCCAUGUAUAACUGUGCAAUGGAAGGUACGACUGCGACGUAUGCAGUUAACAGUAAUGGUAACAGUAACAGUAACAGCGGCAGCGGCAACAACUCCUCUGCCAUGGGAUCGCUUCAGAUGCAGUUUGCAGCAGUCGCUGGUAAUGAGAGCAACAACAGCCUUGGCGUCGGCUUGGCGGCAACAUAUGGCGACAUUUCUGGCGCUGGCGCCAAUGUUGUUCACCAGCAGCAGCAGCAGCAAUACAAUCACAAGCAUACCUAUAAUCGCAUUCUGCCGCCUGGCGUUGCCGACAGCGACGCUGAUAGCAAUGGCAGCAAUGUUGCUCUGCAAGGCCUCGACGCGCUCUUCAGCGAUAUCGACUCGGACUACUUCAAUAACGAAGCAUUUGUGCCCAUCGAUCCGCCGGAUGACAAUGAUUAUCCCUAUGCGCUGAAUGCAAACGAAGGCAUCGAUCGUCUGUUCGACUUCAGCUCGGAUGCCUACGGGCCCUAAGAUUGAUCUGUAGAUUCAACACACACAUACACAUAUAUAUAUAUAUAUAUAUAUAUAUAUAUAUAUAAAUCAACUGCGAAUUGGGGGGGAACUUGGGGGUGUUUAUAAUUUUAAAUUAUAUACAAGGAAAGCACCGCAUAUUACGUUAGAGAUGAUCUAUUAUUAUUAUUAUUAUAAUUAUUAUAUUAUUAUUAUUACUAUUACAAAUUAUCAAGUAAAGAAGCAGUUAAAAAAAAAUCAACAAAAACAAAUUGUAGAAAACUUAAUGAAACUAAGUUGUGUGUAACAUUUUAAGCAUAAAAACCUACAUUUAAAUUUAUAAUCCAAACGUAUUUUAAGUAAACAAAAAAAAUGCCCUCACAAAAUGCAAAACACAUUUUAUAAGCAAAUUUCAAUUUUUAGCCUUAAACAACAACAACAAAAAAACAAAAACAAAAAAAACAAAAACAAAAAAGCAACAAUGCUGAUUACUUAAUGCAAAACAAAACAAAAUCGAUGAGAACAAUUAAGAUGCCUCAUUAAUAAACAUUUUGCGCCAGAACUGUCUGUAAAUUAGUACACACACACAUAUACACACAAACACAAAGCAAAACAUAAUUUUUAAUUAGUGAAACAAAAUAGUUAUUAAAUUAAUAUUACAUGAAAAUAAAACCUAACAAACAAAAUCAACCGAUUUAAUUGAAAAUUGUAAUAUAUUCCUAUGAAAUGCAAAAAAAAAAAAAGAAAGAAAUUAUGAAACAAUAACAAGAAAGCAACUCCAGCAAAUUGCAACACUUGCAACACUUCAUCUCGACCAGCUCCCAGUUUAGUUUCGACGCAUGCAACCUGAAUCAGGAGACAGUGAAAAUAGUAAACAAAUAACGCAGCUAAAAAGCAGAAAGACAGCAACAUUAUUAUUGUCAUUGCCUCUAUUUGUGUCUUGUCUGCUGUUUGUAUAUUUUUUUUAGUUGCCGUUUCAAACUCUCAGUGCGUUUGAUUUAAUUAUUAAAGCUAAGUAUGCAUAAUUAUUUGUUAUUGUUAUUAAAAUGUAACCACACUUACACACACACUAUAGACUUGACACCACUCGUAAUUCAAUUCAAAGAAUACAAAAACAAUGGAACCGCGAACAUCCUCAGAACCCAAUACCAGUUCAAAGUUCACCAUCAAAGUCAAAGCCAAAUCAUCCCCCACAAACAAAAACCCAACAGAUUCAACCGCAACUAGUUAUUUAAACCUAUCGUCUAGAGGUUAAACAAAAUACAAUUUAAAUGCAAAAACAACUA